AGAGGUGGUCAGGGAAUGGCCGGGCCGGGGGUGGGCGGGAACCGCAGUGGCGGCAGCGGCCAGGGGUGGUGAGCUCGGCGUGGGGCUGCCCCACCCCGGAGGCGGCGGGGGCGGCCGGGGCCGCGCCGCACCGCACCGUGCGGGCGGCCAUGGAGCGAGCCUAGGGCCCGACAGGAACUGUGGAAGGCACUUCAGUGAAGAAAUGGACCAGUGUGUAUAAUCAUGGAAUCUCUUUGCUAACCAUCACCAUCUGCUCUCCUUGAUAAGUGAACGACACAGUUGGUUGGGGAGAAGGAAAAGAGACCAACAUGAAGCUAAAGCAGCGAGUCGUGCUGUUAGCAAUUCUCCUUGUCAUCUUUAUCUUCACCAAAGUUUUCUUGAUUGACAACUUAGAUACAUCAGCUGCCAACCGGGAGGACCAGAGGGCUUUUCACCGAAUGAUGACUGGCUUACGGGUGGAGCUGGCACCCAAGCUGGACCACACCUUGCAGUCUCCCUGGGAGAUUGCAGCCCAGUGGGUGGUUCCUCGGGAAGUGUACCCUGAAGAGACGCCAGAGUUGGGAGCAAUCAUGCAUGCUAUGGCCACCAAGAAAAUCAUUAAAGCUGACGUAGGUUAUAAAGGGACGCAGCUGAAAGCCUUACUGAUUCUUGAAGGAGGACAGAAAGUUGUCUUCAAACCUAAGCGGUACAGCCGAGACUAUGUGGUAGAAGGGGAGCCGUACGCAGGUUAUGACAGACACAAUGCAGAGGUAGCAGCCUUCCAUCUGGACAGGAUUCUGGGUUUCCGCCGAGCCCCGUUGGUGGUUGGCAGAUUUGUUAAUCUGCGAACAGAGAUCAAGCCUGUUGCCACGGAGCAGCUACUGAGCACCUUCCUCAGUACAGGAAACAACACUUGUUUCUAUGGGAAGUGUUAUUACUGCAGAGAAACAGAGCCAGCUUGUGCUGAUGGAGAUACAAUGGAGGGAUCUGUCACACUUUGGCUUCCAGAUGUGUGGCCUUUGCAGAAACACCGACACCCGUGGGGCAGGACUUACCGAGAAGGCAAAUUGGCCAGGUGGGAGUAUGAUGAGAGCUACUGUGAUGCUGUGAAGAAAACGUCCCCUUAUGACUCUGGCCCGCGCCUCUUGGACAUUAUCGACACAGCUGUCUUUGACUACCUGAUAGGCAAUGCUGACCGCCAUCACUAUGAGAGCUUUCAAGAUGAUGAAGGCGCUAGUAUGCUCAUCCUUCUUGAUAAUGCCAAAAGCUUUGGGAACCCCUUGCUGGAGGAAAGAAGCAUUCUUGCCCCUCUCUAUCAGUGUUGCAUCAUUCGGGUUUCUACCUGGAACAGACUGAACUACCUAAAGAAUGGUGUGCUAAAGUCUGCCUUAAAAUCUGCCAUGGCCCAUGACCCCAUCUCCCCCGUGCUCGCCAAUCCUCACCUGGACGCCAUGGACCAGCGGCUCCUGAGUGUCCUGGCCACCGUGAAGCAGUGCACUGACCAGUUUGGGAUGGACACUGUGCUGGUGGAAGACAGGAUGCCUCUCUCCCACUUGUAAUUCUCAACAGAAACUAAGUGAGACUUCUUUUUACAAAGAUAGAGAAACAGCACAAUCAGUUCUAGGUGGCAUGAGAUGGAUUGGAAACGGCCAACAGCAAGUUCUUGUGAGAGGGAACAGGGUGGCCUCGGAUGUCUUUGGUAUUUUCUGUAGUAGACGCUGAUGCAAAGACUACAAGUUUCAGAGCAUGGAGAUGUUCCUGCUGAGUCACAUGACCUCCCUGCAGUUGCCCAUCCUAGAAGCGGACAUCAUAGUCAGUCUUUAUUCCAUGCCAAAGGACAAACAGGUGUGACAUUUGGACAGGGGAAUGGAAAGGUUGGUUCUGGAGUGUGUGUUUGGAGUUGAACCUUGCAGUCCUUUCUCCACAUCUGUGGACUUUGUGGAAACACGUUUGAAUUUUUUUUUUUUCUCUCACCAGUACUAGUCAAAUCAGAAAGCUUGCUGCCUCCUACAGAGUGACAGCAAAUAACACCUUAUGUUCCAUUAAGCCAAAAUAGCAUGCUCUGCUGAAGGAGAUAUGGUUCUAAGAUAGAAUUGGAGGGAAGGGCAGGAGCAGGAAGAUGUUCGGGCCUUCAAACAGUUGACUAGUACUGUUUUGUUGAUCUUAGGGGAGAAAAGAAGAGAGAGACCCACUUGGUAGAACCAGAAUCAGGGAGAUGACUGAGUUAGUGCAAACAGGGUUCCCCUGUAUUAGGUUCUUAAAGUGGGUAAAAAGCAAACACGACUUUGUACCUGAGUAAAAUCUGCAUUUUCACAGUCACGUCCAGAUUAAUCAAAAAGUUGUCUCUAGAGAAAAUACUUUUACAACCCAAGCAUGAUUCUUUUUUUUUUUUUUUUUUUUUGUAGAGACAGAGUCUCACUGUACCGCCCUCGGGUAGAGUGCCGUGGCGUCACACGGCUCACAGCAACCUCUUAACUCUUGGGCUUACGCGAUUCUCUUGCCUCAGCCUCCCGAGCAGCUGGGACUACAGGCGCCCGCCCAAGCAUGAUUCUUUUAUGGAGACUAAUAUUUUUCCCUUUUACCCAAAGCAGGCAAAUCCUUUCUAAAUUAACAGAGUUAACUGAAAUAAUACCUUGAAUGACAGGUUCCUUGUAAUCUCUGCCAUCCUCAUUUCCCUCCUGAAAAUAAUUUUCACCUCUGCCUUUAAGGUAUCUGGUCACUGGAGCUGCUGUUCUCAAGAUAUUGGCCAACCUGUUUGUGCCUUUCUUGUAAGGAAAGGCUGCUUACUCCUACAAAUGAGAGUGUACACCCUCGAGGUGGCAGGACUUACCUUGCAGUUGGGCAGUUGGGCCAUGUAGAAGACUGUAAACAAAGAUUUUUAAGCCUUCUGAGCCUCAAAAUUAAGGAGGUUACCAGAAAGAGCCUUAAGAUUUUGAUUUAUGUCAAAUUCUUAUUUCCUUAUUUAGUCUUAUUUGGAGUUCUGAACCCAUCAUGUACUAUUAUGCCCAUCUGCUCUUAGCAUUCCCAAAUUUCAGGUUGCUACAACACAGUUUUAGUUCUGUGUUCUAGCCAGUUGCAGUAAAAUACAGGGCCAGAGGAGGACAGGCCUGGUUGCCCACUCCCCGUGAACUACCCAUCCAGGAACUGUUCCAGUUUUGCAUUUCUGCCAGAUACUGAUAUUUAAACAGUGUGGUUGAACAAAUUUAAUGCCACCCAUUGGAGACUAGUUUUAGGCAACCACUGUUUAAAAAUCAGCUUUAGAAUUUAUGCCCCAACUUUUCUCACAUUGGAAGAUAAUUGAAUAACCCAUAACUACUAUAAAAUAGCAUGAAAUUAGAAAAUAUUUUUUAUGUACAUUUGAGAUGAACACAACAGUAGGUUGAGUUAAAAAAGGAUAUUGAAUUUAAGAAGAUAGAUAUUAAAUACAAAAUGCUAAAUUAAGAGUUAACAAAAGAAGGCAUCGAUUUUGAUUUCUUUUUUUUAAACACUUCAAGAUGAUUGAGAUUUCAGUUUUAAGGCUACUUGCUAUUGUGUGUCCAGGGAAAUUCAUAAUUGGUCACCAUGUUUGUGCUUUUCUAUAGAUGAGAGUGUACACUGUACAGAUGGCCAGACUUAUUUGUGAUUUGGGCCAUGCAGAAGACUUGGAAACAGAUUUUUUAAGCCUCGGAGCCUUGCAGUUAAGGAGGUUACCAGGAAGAGCCUUAAGAUUUUGGAGGCAGGAGAUAGUAGGAAGGAUGUCAGCUCUCUUACUUGAGAGAACAUAAAUAAAUAUGGAUUUGUGUCCUUUAAAACACAUGAUGCCUUUAGUAUGCCACACUGUCAUGAGUAAGAACUGUUCUCAAACUGGGAUCUUCAUUCGCAAUGUUGAAGACAGAAAAUUCUUCUAAGGAAAUGCAUAGAAGGGAAUGCUGCUUUGAAAAACGGUUUCAUCCUUUUCAUCAAAGCAUUCACAGAAAAUGGAUCAUUUCAUUCUCUUUCCUAUUUUCAAACUCAUUGAUAUUAAAAGAUUUUUUGAUCCACAGUGGUUAAAGUUAGAAUUAAGCUAACGUAGUGGUGUGGGCAUGGCACUAAGAAAAAGCAAAAGCGUGUUUAGGCAGAUCUUUGAGAAAACCAACCAUAAGCUUACAGCCCUAAAACUCAGAAACACUAAAUUAUUUUUGAAAAAAAAGGCGGAUCUCUUUUUUUUUUAAAGUUUUGGAACACUGUUGUCUUUAUCAUUUAUUUAUUAGAUUCUGAGGCUAUUUACAGCAAGUCAUGGGAGGGGUUUUGGUAGCUCUAAGUUAGGUGUGCCUCCCAAACAUCCAAAGAUAGAUGUGGAUACACUUUUAUAUUAUAAACUAAUUGCCAUUUCCUGCCCUCCUCCUACUUCUUAAAAAUGUUUAUUCCAAAAUUUGAAGUUUAGAAGUUUCUAGAACUGUUCUUUAAUAUGAGACUGUAUUAUGGGUUUGGGAAGGGGUAUAAAUCAUCUUGUGUGCAAAACAAAUUAAUUGGAUCUGAUUUGCUCAGAGUGUUGUUCAAUAAUGUAUUAUUAAUAACACAUUUCGCCAUGUUUGCACUCAGGGUGCAAAUGAAAUUUAAGAAGGAAAUGGAAGAAUUCAGAUGCAUCCGUUGCAUAUUAUUUUGGGAAAGGUGAAUCCUUUACAUGGCAUUGUCUUUCAAAGAAAUUUGUCUUUUCCUUUAUUUAAAAAAAAAAAAAAUGCCUUGGCCACCCCUUCCCAUCUAUCAUAUUCUUUCAGCCUUCCUUCUCCAUCACCUGUGUGUUCUUUGGUGACCAGUAAUUGACCACACCUUGAUGGUAAGACAGCAUGUGUCAGUGAGCUAUCUUAUGAUUCCUCCUGUGAGCUUGAGCUUCAGGAAAUAUGAGUAAAGGUAUAUAUGUGUGUAUAUAGUUGUUUAUGCAUUCUAGCAAGAAAAAUAUAUUUAUUUUGGCACAGGGGAACACUCCUUACACUGCUGGAGGACUUGAAGCUAGUGAAAGGUUCUCAGUCUCUAAGAGUGGACCUGAAGUGACAUAAAGACUGUUCAGCAAACAGCUACUGAGCAACUCUGGUGUGUGAAGCAGGCAGACCUGAUGAAGUUUAUUGUACAGGGAAGGCCAGUUUUUCUCCUUUAAUUUUGGGUAGUGAAAAGAUAGGGGAUGGGUACUGUACUGCCACAGGUUUUUAGGAACUGAGGUGUUCCUCACACAAAAUGUUGGGGGAAACUAGGAAUAAUUUACUGGGAAACUUAAUUUAUUUGCUUAAACGGAAAGUGUAGAACCUUCUGUUUUGAUCUGCCAAGGAUUUCGUCUCAGAACUGUUACACAAAUGGAGGUUGUAUCUGGUAAAACACCAAACAAGACAGAUAAACAUCUAAAUUUCUAAUGUGUUCAAUGGGUUUCAAUUCUGAAAAAGAAUAUGAAUAAAGAUUUUAAUUAA